UAGCCUGGGUUACCUGCCCUUACCAUUUCAUUAUCGGGCCUGGCACACGCUGGAAAUGGCUGCCUCCUGUGCAUUCCUUAUCUUAAAGGGAAACAAUAUUUACAAUGGACCACACAUAUCCGAGGUUUGAUCCAGAAGAACGUCUGCCAAAAAUUGUGAGAGACAGUAUUGAGCACUCAUAUGUGAAGUCACCAUCAAAGCUCAAACAAACGCCAACAAAAUCCAAACGGAAACGAGAGAGCAGCACACCAACAGGCAAAACUCCAGUUCAGGUGUCUAAACGCACAUCAUUGUGUGAGGACCGUGUGGCCAGACAUUGCCCUUGGUCGAUCCAAGAAAAGCAGUUCCUUCACCAGUAUGUAAGAUGUAAUGAGCAACAUGGUACAGAUACUAUGUACUGGACAAAAUGUGCCGAGGCAAUGAAUGUCAAAUUUCCUGUGAAUCUAAGGACAGGCCGUUCCUGCAAAAAUGCAUUUAAGAGACUGGACAUCACUGAACAGAUCCCUUCCUCUUCAGGAGAAAUAGUGAAAUCAGUGGAUCAAGGAACUCAGACUGACAUAGUGCUCCCUAUAUCUACCAGGUAAAUUGUUGAGAAUGUUAACAGUUGGUAAUGAAAUAUUGAAACAUUGUCCAAACCAUAUACAGGUA